AUGCUUAACGCUGAUAAAAUAAAUUUUGAAGCCAUUUUGUGCAAAGUAAACAAUAACACGAUAACUUCCAGUAAACAAUUUAAAUCUUGUUUUUAUUUAGUGAAAGUAAAACCAGCGUGUUAAAUUGCUGCUGUUGGCCUCGUCACUGGAGCGUGCAGAUCCCGCCGGUCCCGGAUCUCCUCGGGGGCGUCGCUGUACUGCUGCCUCAGCUCCUGGAUCACAGAACUCCUGAGGGCCGCCCGCCGCUGGCGCUCCAUCAGAGCCUUCUUCUUGUCCGUCUCCGUCAGCGUUCCCGGCGUGUUUCCAGAAUCCCCUCGCUGGCUCCUCCUGUCGGAGCGGUCGGCAGACACGAGCGCUUUCAGCGAGAGAAGAAACUCCAGCAGAGACGCGAGGGACGACGAGAGCUUCACAGAGCUGGAUUCAGAGCCGGCGCCCUCCUCGCGCCCCCACCUGUCCUUCCUGGAGCUCUUCCACAGCAGGAACAUCUGGAAGAACCUGUGUGUGCUCGGCUUCACCUCGUUCAUCUCUCACGGCAUCAGCCACUGUUACAGCUCCUUCCGGGGCGACGUCCGAGGCUCCGCCCCCAGCUUCUACUGGACGUACCUGCUGUCUGUGUGCGCGGGGGGCGGAGCCUGGCUGCUGCUCUGGGCCACCGUGAACAGGUGCGGCCGCCGCGGCAUCCUGCUGCUGUCCAUGACGAUGACGGGCCUGGCGUCGUUGAUCCUCCUGGGCCUCAUGGAGUAUCUGAGCGAGGCGGCCAUCACCGUUUUCUCCGUGCUCGGGCUCUUCUCCUCCCAGGCCACGGCGUCGCUCUGCAUCCUUUUCACCGCAGAGAUCAUGCCCACCAUCAUCAGGGGCAGCGGUGUCGGCGCCGUUCUGGCCCUGGGCUGCGUGGGCCGCCUCAGCUCCCCCAUCAUGGACCUGCGGAACCACUACGGCUACUUCCUGCACCACGUCGUCUACUCCUCGCUGGCCCUGCUGGCCGUGCUCUCCAUCCUGCUGCUGCCCGAGAGCAAGAGGAAGCCGCUGCCGCAGACGCUGGCCGACGGCGAGCAGUACCGGCGCCCCCCGCUGGGCCGGAGGAGGAGGGACAACGUGCCGCUGCUGGCCACGCCCAACCCGGAGACCUAGAGGGACGAGCAAUAUGGAGGGAAACGGGCCGCGAACCUCAUUUCAUCCGUUUCCCGCCACGUCUUCACACCAGCACGCGCUGCUGCACGCCGUCCUCCAUCCUCACGAGGUCCGACGGAGACGCGGAGGCUGCCGAGGCGGGAGCAGGGCUCGAACGUUUAAAACGUCCGUGCGCACUCUCCCAAGAUGGGAGUGUUUUUCAUUUCCCAGAAUGCCGUGCAGCCGGAAAUCAUGAUGAGCGCUUUGAUUUAUUUGUAUGUUUUUGUUUUUAGAGAUGAUGACGGUGAUUUUGUGUGAACUCGUAAGGGAUUAAGAAGAAGAAGAAAAAAAAAGCCCACCCUCUUGAAGUUUUAGGUUUUUCACGUCAGGGCAGAAAAAAAAAAAAGGUGAACUGUAGAAAAACUCCCAGCAGAUUCCAGGA